CCGAAGUCAUGGAUCUCCUUUUUGCUUUCUUCCUCAGUCUCAACUCUCAAGCUUCAGCUUCCAGAAGUUCCGACGACUGCGACCGUUGCACAUUGAAGAUCCGGCAGCACACACCGAUGAUCCGCCUUCUGUUUUGAUUUGGUUCCCUCAAGCUCCGGCGACAGUUUGAAGCUGCGGCGGUUAAAGUAAUGCUUUUGCUGGUAGGUUUAAUUGGCUGUGCUGAAUCAUUUUUUGAGGACAGAUUAUUGGGAAUCAAAAGAAACCCUCAUUUAUUCUGUUGAUUAGCUUGUUUUUGGCUAAUAAUGGGGCUCCUCAGCAUCAUUCGAAAAAUCAAGAGAAAAGAGAAGGAAAUGCGUAUACUGAUGGUGGGCCUUGAUAAUUCUGGAAAGACAACAAUUGUUUUGAAGAUAAAUGGGGAAGAUACUAGUGUUAUCAGUCCUACACUUGGUUUUAAUAUCAAAACGAUCACUUACCAAAAGUAUACCUUAAAUAUAUGGGAUGUUGGGGGCCAAAGAACUAUAAGAUCGUAUUGGAGGAAUUACUUUGAGCAAACUGAUGGCUUAGUUUGGGUAGUUGACAGUUCAGAUCUUAGAAGGUUAAAUGAUUGCAAAAUGGAACUUGAUAAUCUUUUGAAGGAAGAGAGGCUGUCUGGAGCAUCCUUGCUAAUACUAGCAAAUAAGCAAGACCUAAAAGGUGCUCUUACUCAAGAGGAAAUUGCUAAGGUAUUAAAUCUGGAGAAUAUGGACAAAACCCGACAUUGGAAAAUCAUGGGCUGUAGUGCAUACACAGGGGAGGGGCUGCUCGAGGGAUUUGAUUGGUUGGUUCAAGACAUUGCCUCUCGAAUCUAUAUGCUCGACUAAUUCAUCUGUGAGUCAUUAUUCCUGGGAAAUCCUGAGAAAUUUUCAAUUGCAUUUGAUGAUAGUUAACUUGAAUUUUUUUUUUUCCCCCAAAUGCCCCAUAUUUGUGUCUUGUCUGAAUUUAGCCAUGUACUUGAUUGGUCCCUAUGACGUAUUAAUAACAGUAUGCUAUAUAUGAGGCUGGGUCAA